GGUGCUCGAUGAGACUGCUGAUAAUAUACACAGGAACUUUGGUUCUGGAUAUCCUGCAGAUCCCGCAACCAAGUCUUGGCUAGAAAAUCACAAACAUUCUAUCUUCGGUUUUCCAACAUUGGUUCGGUUUAGUUGGGGAACUUGCAGCACUUAUUUUAAAAGUGGUGCUGAAGUUUUAUGGUCUUAAACCCUAACUAUUAAAGACUUUGUUUGUUCAAAAUUUCUCAAACCUCAAAGAAUUUUUGAACCUUUCAUUACUAGGGAUGAAACAUAAAAUGAGUGUUACCAGAUUUGUUGUAUUUGUAUAUGUUUUAGGGUUAUCAGAAGUUGAAAAUGGUGGAGAAGGGUGCAGGUGGUAGAAAAGAAGAGGUUGUUACCAGGGAGUACACAAUCAACCUCCACAAGCGUCUCCAUGGCUGUUCUUUGGCAGAUUUAAAAGGUUCGUCAAAGAGUUUCCCAAAGCAUGAGACACGGCACCUUUCCGAACACAAGAAUGUUGCCAGAUGUGCUAAGUUUAGUCCUGAUGGAAGGUUUGUUGCCACCGGAAGUGCAGAUACAUCAAUAAAGCUAUUUGAGGUUUCAAAGAUCAAGCAGACGUUGCUCCCAGAUGCAAAGGAUGGUCCUGUGCGGUCUGUUCUAAAAACAUAUUAUGACCAUACACAACCAAUAAAUGAUCUGGAUUUUCAUCCGCAAGGUACUAUCCUGGUUUCUGGAGCCAAAGAUCAGACAAUAAGGUUUUUUGAUGUUUCAAAAGCCAAUGCCAAGAGAUCAUACAGGCUUAUCCAGGACACACACAAUGUUCGCUCUGUAUCUUUUCACCCCUCAGGAGACUUUCUGUUGGCAGGUAUUUAUUUUUAUCACACCUACCUACUUAAUAAUAUGCUAAUAUUGUCUUUUUCCUUACAAAAAUGGAUUCAAUCUCCAUUUUUUGCAUUCUUUUGUUUCAUAAUAGUAUGCAAUCUCCAUUUAUGCAUUUUUGUCCCACCAUUUAGUAUCGGGUUGCUGUCAAUACGUCAAUACUUAGAGGUUCUAUUCAAACAUACUACUGUUCUAUUCAAACAAAAUAUUAUUAUCAGUAUUUUCUUAAUAUGUUGCUAAUGCAAUUAUUUUAUU